AAUGAAUUUUUACAUUUACAUUUCCACUCAAUAUAAAAUUUAAAACAUCACAAUUUAUCAACUCAAUAUGUACAGUAACACACACAUUAUAUAGUAGUAUUAAAUAUAGUUCACCUCUCUAACUAAAAAUUGUUAGUUCAUAAUAGUUGGACUAAAAACAAAUAAAUAUAAGAGGAAUCAAGUGUAGCACUAUCACAAGAGCAGAGCAGCACAGAGAAAACAGCUAAUGAAGUGUUUGACGAGCAGAUUCCAAGAGAAGUAGAUAUAGCUGAGAGCAGUAGAAAACCAGCUUCAACUGGCACUUAAAUUGCUCUGCUAGAGAAGCUGGAUAGAGUGGCAGAAACCUUUACGAAAGGUGAAGUAAGAGAUCCGGAACCUGGAAAUGCCAAAGAGACCACUAAUGCUGGCACAAGACAACAAAACCAGAAAAUAUGCAGAACCCUCAUUCCUCCACCAAUUCUAAUGCAAACAUCAAUCCCUCAAUUCCCACCCCUAACCAGGAUCCCGCAAUUCAGCAUCAACCCCGACGCCCUCGCGGAUUUGCUGCCACCGCCACUGCUACAACGGUAGAGGCCUCACCUAAUGCACCUGCCUCCGCCAAAGGGAAAAGAGAGAGGGAGAAGGAGAAGGAAAGGACGAAGCUCAGAGAGCGACACCGCCGUGCCAUCACUAGACGUAUGCUGGCCGGUCUCAGACAAUAUGGUAAUUUCCCUCUCCCUGCGAGUGCAGACAUGAACGAUGUGCUCUCUGCCUUGGCUCGCGAGGCUGGAUGGACAGUCGAGCCUGAUGGCACCACCUAUAGGCACUCUCCUCCUCCCCAACAGAUGGUUUGUUUCCUCAGUUCUCUUUUCUUUGAUUACUUCAUUGUCGGGAUGGCCAAGAGAGGAAGAGUUUCCCUAAUAUAUUGUGCUGCAAAAUAUGUUAUAAUCGCAGCACUUUGCCUGAUCAUGAGGUCCGAUCCGUAUCCUUCCUGAGUUGCGCACAUUCAGCUUCAAUGGCUUCAAGUUUUUCUCGGGCUUGUUUUUGUCCUUCCUUGAUGCUUUGUUGAUCCUUACUGAUCUCUUGCAUCUCUACUUUCAACCUUUCAAUGCUUUAAACUGAAAAGCAUCAAGCAGUUGUGCGGAGUCUCAAUAGAAUCUCUCAAUAAAACAGAAUGAGCACA